AUGCCCGCUGUCUCCAUAGUCGUCGACGCAGAGACACCUAAGCAGUCAGAGCAAGCAGAGCUUCAUGGCCACCGUGCCCUCACUCCCAUGAUAUCCGGGACCGUCACCGGCGGGAUCAUCGGGCUCAUGUGGAUCGUCGGCCUCCUCCUCCACUUCUAUCGCCGCUGGCGCGGCCACCAAGCCGUGCGCUCCGCAGGCCUGCGAAAUCAUCGCGAGCUCGACAUUCUCCCUCCCAAGCCUGAGGUGUACAUCAUCCCGCCCGAUCCCGCCAUUAUUGAGGGCAAGUGUGCCCCUGGGGAGCGUGUUAUAUUCGACGACCCGAAGGCAGACGCCGAUGGCGCCCCGCGACAUGUAAAGACCGUCCCGUUCGCGCAGACGGAGAAGACGCGCAAGCAGAAGGCAAUGGAGGUCAGCGAAGCAUUGAACAGCACUGAGCUGCGUAUUGUUUCUGCUCCGCAGAUGCAGACGAUGGCAGAUGAGCCCUCACCGAUCGCUCGUGGCCCACCAGUUCAUCCUUUCGCUCCAUGA